AUGGCCGGCUUCAAGCUCACGAAAGAGCAUAUAAUCAAUGUGUUUGCCCCCCUCGCCGAGACUACCAACACGAACGAACGCGAGAGGUUCUUCACCGACGCCCUCGUCAACGACGUCACCUGGACCAUCGCCGGCAGUGCCCAUUCCCUCGCGGGCACCCGCCAUUCCAUCGAGUCGCACGCCGACGCAACCUUUAAGCGGCUCGGCAAUAAGCUGCGGGCACCCAUCAAGUUCACCGUUACUCGCGUCAUUGUCGAUGCUGAGCCCGACACGGAUGGCUGGUGGGCGACUGUCGAGACGGUCGGCGAGGCGACGAGGAAGAACGGGAAGCCGUACAACAACCAGUACGUCUGGCUGACGCGAUGGAACGACGAGGGCAAGAUCGCCGAGGUGAGGAGCUAUUUCGACACCAUGCUGUCGGAGGAGGUCUUGAGAGACGAGUGA